GCCAGUCGGUCAGUGGCAGGAAAAAAUGGCGGAUGUCGACUUGAAUAUCGACAACUUGAUACAGAGAUUACUGGAAGUAUACCACACGCAGAAAGACCAGGUUCAGAAGAAAGCCAAGCUAAAAGAUAUUUUCUCGUCGGACUUUGUCGUCAGAGGAUGUCGACCGGGCAAGACCGUCACCAUGACAGAGGCCGAGGUGCGUGGCCUCUGUCUCAAGUCUCGGGAGAUUUUCCUGCAGCAGCCGAUCCUGCUCGAGCUGGAGGCGCCGCUUAAGAUCUGCGGCGACAUACACGGCCAGUACACCGAUCUGCUGCGGCUCUUCGAGUACGGCGGUUUCCCACCCGAGGCAAAUUACUUGUUCCUGGGCGACUACGUCGACCGGGGCAAGCAGUCCCUGGAAACGAUAUGCCUGCUGUUGGCGUACAAGAUCAAGUAUCCGGAGAACUUCUUCCUGCUGCGCGGCAAUCACGAGUGCGCCAGCAUAAACAGGAUAUACGGCUUUUACGACGAGUGCAAGCGAAGAUACAACAUCAAGCUCUGGAAGACCUUCACGGAUUGCUUCAACUGCUUGCCGAUCGCCGCGAUCAUCGACGAGAAGAUAUUUUGCUGCCACGGCGGCCUCAGUCCCGACUUGCAGGGAAUGGAGCAGAUACGAAGAAUUAUGCGUCCAACUGAUGUACCUGAUACCGGUCUCCUCUGUGAUCUUUUGUGGUCCGAUCCCGACAAGGAUGUUCAGGGUUGGGGCGAAAAUGACAGAGGUGUCUCGUUCACGUUUGGUCCGGACGUCGUGUCCAAGUUCCUGAAUCGUCACGAUAUGGAUUUGAUAUGCAGAGCGCAUCAGGUGGUCGAGGACGGCUAUGAGUUUUUCGCCAAGCGUCAACUGGUCACGUUGUUUUCCGCGCCCAAUUAUUGCGGAGAAUUCGAUAACGCCGGCGGCAUGAUGAGCGUUGACGAAACACUAAUGUGCAGUUUUCAGAUCUUGAAACCAUCGGAGAAGAAAGCCAAGUAUCAGUAUGGAGGAAUGAAUACGGGUCAAACCGGUAGACCAUCUACGCCACAGAGGAAUCCAGCGAAAAAGAAAUGACAGCCUUCUACCGAUCCUGCACAGCAACAAACGCGAUUAUCCUUAAUGGAGGCUAUCAUGCUAGGUAAAUCUGCUUUAUGCUUGUCGAAGCUUACUUAAUCUACACUAGCGAUACCAUUUACGUGCAUAGUUACAAAUCUAUUUCCCAUGAUCAUCAGUUGAGCGAAAAAGCCAGAAAAAGUAUAGCAAAAAAAAGACAAAAAAAAAAAAAGAAAAAUAUGAAAACGGAACCGAGAAAGGCGGAAGAGCGAAAUGGAAAUGAAAUGUAGAACAUUACUCAAUGUAUUUAGGUUUAUGCAAUGAUUCGCCGAUGAUUUAGAUAUUUAUAUUUAGCACGCAAUGUUUCCAACGUGUGUGCGCACACGUGUUACGACGACGCACUCCGGACGAUUCGAAUGCGAUUUACGGGGCGAAGAUACGCUAAUGGAUUCACGUACUGACACGUGACUUGCAAAGGCUUUUAACCAUAGUGUUUCGUAGCGGAAGCGCUUCGAUGACAUUCGCCAUGAUCUGAUCUCGUCUUUGGUUUUCAUGUGUUUCAGCACGAAGACGUCGAGAUACAGAAUUAACCUAAUCUGAUAAAUGUAAAGCUAAAGUGUAUAAGAUUUACCUCUUUCCUUAAUUAACGAAAUGAGAGAUAUAAACGACUCACGGUUAACGUUUACUUUUCAUCUGACUUUGCAAAGGCUCGCUCCUGCUCUCGCUAAAUUUACUUGGUGAUAUCUACCAUUAACGGAGUAACCCUUUGCGAAAGUUAACCCUCUUUAAAAAGCAUUUUGUCAUUCUCAUUUGUAUUUAUUGCUUCACUGUUGAUGUUGAGUGUAAUUAUGAGACUCGCUGUUAUUAUUACUAUUAUUAUUAAUAUAUAUGCAUUAAUAUUAUACUUUUAAUAUCAAUUCAUAUAUAUAUAUAUAUAUAUAUAUAUAUAUAUAUAUAUAUAUAUAUGUUAAUAUUAAUAUUUUUUUUAUUUUUAAUAUUACUUUUAGCACUGCUUGAGCAGCUAAUUUUAAGUUUCAUCGUUUUAUGAGAGAUGUUGCGCGUGUACAUAGAUAUAUAUAUACACACACACACACACACACGCAUACAUACAUACAUACAUACAUACAUAUAUAUUUUUGUCCAUUUAUCCUUUCUCUCAGAGAGCAUUACUCAUACAAGUUUCAUUCUAUUUUCAUCGUGUGCGGUAUACCGAGCGCGGUAGUGACUGCACGUUCCGAGAUAUAUCGUAGAUGAAUUAGAUUGUUUAUUCUCACGCGACGAAUCCAAUGAAAUACAGAGAGAAAUCAGUAUUUUUAAGAUGACGCGUAUGAUUUUACCUUUGUUCGAAGGAUAGUUAGAAGGGGGAUCAAAGGAGAGAAAUGAAAAUGUGGCACAUUGUAGUCACAGAGAAAAGAAAAAGAAAGAAAUGUGUUUAAAGGAAGAAUCUCAAUCGCAUUUUUCAUGCUUGCGCUGAACGUGAAAUAUAUCGUGUAUUAUCAUUCGGCUCGUAGCAAAAUUUGUUUCGUCGCAAUGAUGAUCGCGUGAACUAGGACUGUACGAGCUAGUACGAAAUGGUAUUUGUUUCUGAAUCCGAUUUCUAAAUUCGAUACAAGUAACAUUGCGUUACAUUGAAUAACCAACUUUGAAAUCGUUUGGGCCCCGCUUAAUGAUUCUCUGGACAUUUGUUACAGUUAUAUGUGUAUUACUUGUACUCAAUUUUACUAACUGGUUUCAGAAUCGAGUAUCAUUUUACACAGUCCUAGCAAUGAACAUCGCAGUGAAUGUUUCUCGCCAGGCAGACCGUGCUUUCAAUUUCAGUGAAAAUUCUGCAUUUCUUACAAUGUGUAUAUAUAUUAUAUAUUCACACUUACCCGCAUUCAGUGUACGAUAUUCAAAUGCUAGGAUCGAGACUUGUUUACUUCGAGUAGAAUGACGACAAAUUGCAUUUAGAUAAUUCAAUGCAUUUAUUUAAAAUGCAUAUAACGCAUAUUUAUCGUGACGCAUCGUUCUCUUUCGUUCCUACAUGAUCAUUUGUAUCUCAUGAUUAUUUCGUAGACUGUGUUAGUAAUCACGCUUCAAUGGUAUCCCAGCCGCGCUUUCGUUCGCUGUAUCGGCGCAGUAUCAUUGCUUGCGAUUGUUUGCGCGACAGUAGUCUGAUCGUAGGGGCGGCGUGCAUUGGUGCACAUGAAUCGUCGAAUAUUGUCGGAACAUAUUCGGCAGCAUUGUAAGAUCGUGCACGCGCAACAUUUAUCAGAGCAAGAAUUGAAAGGAAUAAAGAAGAGGAAUACAAUUCUCAGCACAGCAGAUAAGCGAUAUCGAUCGCGAUAAUAAUGUCCAAAAGGUUGUAUUCAUACCGAAGAUAUUUUUCUCGUAGUAAUGUGCAAUUGUGACUUCUAGAGAUUUAAUAUUUGUGCUAUCGCGACGGUACGUCCAUGAAUAUAAGUCAGUGUGUGUUGCGCACCGGGACGCAUGAAUGGGGCGUCGAUCCAAGCGCGAGUCCGUCGAUAUGAGCGGAGGCCGAUCGAUUAUCGAGAUCGCAUGGCAUGCGAAUCGCUGUGUUCGAGAAUAUAGUCUGAAAACACAAGAGAGAUGCGUAUCGCAAACCAAAUUCACUCAGUUCGGCCCCGAGAUCAAUUAUGCACGACGAACCGUUUACAAACUAACGAGACACUAUUGGUAUUACGUUGUUACUCAUUAUUUGAUUGUUGUUUAAUAAUUAUCAGAUGUUGACGGCGAUCGGCGAGAUCAGUGAUUUAUUGUUCAAGGUAUUCUCACCGAGACGACACGUGAGAAAGAGAGACGCGGUGUAAAGUAUUGCGUUUGGUGAGACAUGUCGAGACAAAACGGCCGUGUCCCUUCCAACUUCUUUAUCCUCCGCGCUCCCUCGCCUCUCCAAAAGGAAAAGAACGAAAAGGAAAAAAAAAAACAAAAAAAAAACUGAGAUUAAUUGUCAAAGGAGCGGUUGUGAUCCCUCGUGAUAUGCGUUUUGUCCGAGAGAUUCAUAUAUUAUAUACAGAUAUUAUAUUUGUAAAGGGUUGGCUGGUCGCGAUUCGACGAUGCUUUAUUAAAAUAAGUAAUACAAGCGAGACACACGUGCUCUCGCAGCGAGAAGUUUGUUCGACUAUCGUGGGUUGUUAUAUCGUUCGAAUCGCGACGGAAUGCGUCAUGCAAUGGCGUCCUAAAGAUGUAAAACUUUCAGAUAAUAAACAUGCAUAUUGUUGUACAA